GUUGCCUGUCGCUGCUCCAGAAAGGACGGGAUGCACGCGCCGUGGACGCCGCUGAUAUUUCGGGGGCGGCUGCUGCUUCUACUUACCGUUUUUUACCCAGCUGUUUUAGCGGCCAACCGAUGCGAACUCAAGGGCUGCCCCGAGCAGAAGCCGGGCUACAUCAACGUGCACGUGCUUAGUCACAGCCACAACGACGCUGGAUGGUAUUGGAUAUUGGACACCAUGUACGGCACAGUGCAAACGAUCUACACAGGCACUACGGCAGCGCUGUGGAACAAGCCCAGCCGACGGUACGUGUCAGCAGAGAACGUGUUCUUUUCACGCUGGUGGAACGAGCAGUCAGCCGAAGUGCAAACACAGGUUCGAAGUAUGGUGCAGUCAGGACGACUCCAGUUCGUUGGCGGCGGAUGGGUCCAAAACGACGAGGCGGUGACCCACUACACGGCCAUCAUCGACCAGAUGACGCUGGGACUGCGCUUCCUCAACGACACGUUCGGACCCGACUGCGGCGUGCCCAGCGUAGCCUGGCAGGCCGACCCUUUUGGGCACAGCAUCGCGCAGGCGGCCCUUUUCGCCAGGAUGGGCUUCAGCAGCGCCAUGAUCGGCCGCAUAUCGUGGGACACCAAGAAAAAGUUGCAGGCGGCACGUUCCAUGGAGUUUGUCUGGGAGGCCGACAGCCGUCAACAGGGAAAGUGUCUGAUUUUGUCCAUAUAG